AUGGCAGUUCGGCCCUCUGUCAAGCUUGUUCAGCAGGCCAAAACCGUUUUGGGAAAGGUUGCAGGUCUUCAUGGACGUCUUCUCACCGAAAGCAACUGGGACAAUCCUGAAGAGGUGCAACGCCCUUUGGCGUUUCUCUUGCUGGAUUCAGACAAGAGGUUUGCAGAUGCGUUGAUUGGACUUGUGCUUACUCCGUUGAAAGACCUUCUCAGCCCACGGGUGACUGGCGCUGCACACGCCUUUUACAUGACCAAGAGGAUCCGGAAACCUGCAGAAGUUUUAACUGUGCAGGAGAUUGGUGCCCUCGAAGACGUGUGUUUGCAUGGCCCUGAAUUGCACCACCGGUUAAUUGCAGGACUCUUGCUUUUCUGUUUUGCUGCAGCUGCAAGGUGGCAUGACUCUAUGUACGUUGUUGCGCUUGACCUUUCAACUGCUGGUCCCAUCACGCUCCUUGAGGCCACGACGACGAAACACAAAUCUUCACGUGGCAAGGAGCAACAGAUGGAACUGCUGCCUUUUACAGCUCUGGGUCAUGUGAUCAGGGAAGAGUCUUGGGGCGCCAAAUGGAUGCAAUCUCGAACGGAUUCAGAUGUUGCGACAUGGGAUCACUUCUUGAACUCUUGGUCGGAGAGCAGCCAUGACUGGGUCAACUCCAGAAUGUCAACUGCUGAAGCAACCGGUUGGUUGCGUGAGUUGCUUGAACCCUAUGUUGGUUGUGGACGGGCCUCAAAGUUGACCGUCCAUGGCUUGAAAGCGACGUUGUUGAGCUGGGCUGCAAAGAGCACUCUUUUCACCGCAGAUGAGCAGUUGGCACUUGGACAUCACGUGAGCACUCAAUAUAGGUCGGCCAUGAUCUACUCUCGUGACAACCAGAUCAGCCUUUGUAAAAAGGUGCACAGCAUGUUCUCGAAAAUCAGAGAUGGUACCUUUGAUCCAGAUGGCACCAGAGUUAGAAGACUGUUUCAAUUAGCCUUCGACACGGCCUUGGAAAUGGAGGAUGAUACCGCUGAGAGCUCAAGUGAUUCAGAGGAUGUGUCUUCAGUGGCAUCUUCGGGAGGAGAGCAUCGCAGCUUGGAUCAGAAGAGCACUUACAGGCGUUUGGAGGCUGAUAACAUGGAAGCAGACUUGUGCCUAAUCAACCACAACUCAAAGGUCAUCCAUUUGUUGGUGUGUGAGGACGAAAAAUUUUGGUGUGGCAGAAACCCGUCCUCAUCUUUCAAGAAGGCCGCCAAGGAAGACUUGUCGACACCAGAAGCUGUUGUGUGUGCGAGCUGUUCCCAUGCAUACCGAGCAGCACAGCGCGACUCACGAGCUGUGCUCAUUCAACUUCGUGAUGCAUUCCCGUUGGCUCAACAGCAACCGCUUCAAAGCUGGGAUCAGGUAGCCUUUCGGAAUCGUGCAGUGGAAUUGGGGAUCGAGCAGGCUGAAAUUGACGCUCUGGACGACGCAGGGAUUCAUAGCUACGCAACUUAUGCAUACUGCAGCACUUAUCAGCCUGGACAGAAUGAUGACACAGCUUUGAUUACAUUUCUGACCACGACAUUGGGCAGUGCGCCUUCAGCUGCAGCCACAACACGUUUCAGGAGAUUGUUCUUUGAGGCACACGCCUUGUCCCUGGAAGAUUUGAAGUCAAGGGCUGACAGGUCGGAAUCCAGUGAGGCCAGAAUCAUCCCACUUGCAGAGAAGAUGGACAGAAUCCGUCAACAGAAGGAACGGCUGAGUGGCUUAAGUUUCACACCACAAAGUGAGCCAUCGCAUGCACUCAUUGACAAGGUUUGCCAGCAGCUUGAAGACAACGUGACCACUUACAUAGAGUUGAAUCGUUGCACAUCCAGACAGGAUGAAGCCUUGCACUCUAAGAUGGAUACAGCCUUGGCCCUGGACAACUCAGGCAGUCUGCGGCUCAGCAAAAAGCAACGUCUGGACGAUGUGAAUGUAACUGGUGAGCACAAAUUGCGGCAAGCCUUCUUGAGGAGAUCUUUAGCGUAUGACUUGUCAGGGAUUGCAACUUUCGCGGUACUUGACGUAUGGACCCAGAAGCCUUUUGAAAAGAUGAAUGAAACACCCCUGUCGAACUACAGGCAUAUCAGUGUUGAACAGGUGAUCAAUGCAGACAAGGACUACCGUGUGGGACCUGUUCCAGAGCCCGAGAAAGGCCAAUGCCAUCGAAGCUUGGGGGACACAUGGGACCUCAGAAUUAAGCCGGUGCCCUCGAAGCGUCUGAAAGACCUGCUGAAGUUGGGUCUGGGUAGUCAAAGCCUUAAACAUCCACCACUGGUACCUGAAUACAAGGACUUUGCAUAUCUUGACGAUGCCACUCCUAACCCAGCCUACAAGUUGCUUGCUGCUCCACCUCAACGGGGGCCCAACGACACUGAGCAGCACGAGACAGAAGAAGCGCCAAACAAAAAACCUCCCAACGGGUAUCAGCGACUCCUCGUGCCUGCAAGCAUGACAGAAGAUGAACUGGUCAAUUCAGCCAAGUGGAGAAGAAACAGCUUGAUGAGAGCAACUCGUGCCCUUUCCAAACCGGAGGAAGACGCGUUGAUUGAAGCCACAGCCUUGGAAGUGGAAAAGGGCUUUCUUCAAGGCCCCUACACCGAAGAAGAAAUGUCAGUCCUCAUGGGGACAGAUGGCUGGUCGCUCAACCCUCGUUUUGUUUUGUUCCAAGGUUCCAACCAGAAGGUUCGAGUCAUUGAUGAUGCAAAGGAGAGUGCUGUUAACUCAGCAUAUUCCUCGACUGUCAAGUUGCAACUGCAGGAUGUAGACUAUGCAGCCGCCAUGGCGCUUGGAGCAAUGAAGGAAGUGGGCCUGUCGACCUCUGACGCCUUGGAUUGGCUGGGCAAAACUUUCGACUUAAGCACAGCUUAUAAAUCUGAGGGUUGUCGAGUUCUGAUGCUAGCCUUCAGUGCUCUCCUUGACUUGCUUGGUUGGGAUCACGCUAAAGAGGGAGAUAAGGCCUUGAACUUUGCAGCUGACUUUGACUUGCUUGGAGUUACAUUCAACCUUGGUGACAUGCGUUUGGGCACCUUAACCAUCUGCAAUGAAAAGAGCCGACUGGAAAAGCUGUGUUCCAUGUUGUCUCAAGUGGAGAAAGACGGUUGCAUUACACCUGCCAAAGCAAGCGAGUUACAAGGGUUGUUGAACUUUGCAGUGAGCUUUUACCUAGGUAGGAGCCUGAAACAUGUGGUUUCUGCAUUCCUGCCUUUUGCAGAUAGGGCCCGUGGCAACAACCAUGCCGACCUUGUGAACCUUUGCGCCUACACGCGUGCGAUGCUUUUGGACCAACGACCAAGGGCUCACUCCGUUCUCAGUUGCAGCACACCAGUGGCAAUUUUCACUGAUGGUGCUUGGGAAGGAGGUAAGGCUACAGCUGGUGCCGUCCUGAUCGAUGGCCAGACCCGACUUGCCUUCAAAAUUUCAGUGCCGGGCGAAUUGGUUGCUCACUGGGUGCGACUGGCUGGUGAGCAGAUAAUUUCUCAAGUAGAACUGUGGGCCCUGGUAUGCCUCAAAUGGUCGCAGAGGGAACGCCUUUUGAAUCGCAGGGUCAUCGAAUGGAUAGACAACGAAGCAGCGCGAGUUUCUGUUAUCAAAGCCAACAGUAGCUCCUCCACGAUGCGAUCGUUGUCCCGGGUCAUGGCGGACAUAGACCUGAAGUGGCCCACAUUCAGCUGGACCGAAAGGGUGUGUUCGUAUUCAACCCCGCUGACCUCCCUUCGAGAGAUCGUUUGCAAGAAGCCUUGGAAAAGUACAACCUCGAAAAUGGAGGCGUCCUUGGUGCAAUUGCAGAUCAUGACAAUUCAGAUCAUGGCUUGGGGCUUUCUUCUGACCUUGAUUGCAGUUGGGAAACAGUGGAGCCUCAUUGCACUGAGAAUCUUUUUGGUGACCUUAGCGAGACUUGUGACUUCGAUCCAACUGUUGGAGAGCUGGCUGAACAGUUCGAAGAAGUGCCGCAGGUUGCAGGUGUCACAGAAGCUGCCUCUUGUUGGUCUUCAUGGACGUCUUCUCACCGAAAGCAACUGGGACAAUCCUGAAGAGGUGCAACGCCCUUUGGCGUUUCUCUUGCUGGAUUCAGACAAGAGGUUUGCAGAUGCGUUGAUUGGACUUGUGCUUACUCCGUUGAAAGACCUUCUCAGCCCACGGGUGACUGGCGCUGCACACGCCUUUUACAUGACCAAGAGGAUCCGGAAACCUGCAGAAGUUUUAACUGUGCAGGAGAUUGGUGCCCUCGAAGACGUGUGUUUGCAUGGCCCUGAAUUGCACCACCGGUUAAUUGCAGGACACUUGCUUUUCUGUUUUGCUGCAGCUGCAAGGUGGCAUGACUCUAUGUACGUUGUUGCGCUUGACCUUUCAACUGCUGGUCCCAUCACGCUCCUUGAGGCCACGACGACGAAACACAAAUCUUCACGUGGCAAGGAGCAACAGAUGGAACUGCUGCCUUUUACAGCUCUGGGUCAUGUGAUCAGGGAAGAGUCUUGGGGCGCCAAAUGGAUGCAAUCUCGAACGGAUUCAGAUGUUGCGACAUGGGAUCACUUCUUGAACUCUUGGUCGGAGAGCAGCCAUGACUGGGUCAACUCCAGAAUGUCAACUGCUGAAGCAACCGGUUGGUUGCGUGAGUUGCUUGAACCCUAUGUUGGUUGUGGACGGGCCUCAAAGUUGACCGUCCAUGGCUUGAAAGCGACGUUGUUGAGCUGGGCUGCAAAGAGCACUCUUUUCACCGCAGAUGAGCAGUUGGCACUUGGACAUCACGUGCACAGCAUGUUCUCGAAAAUCAGAGAUGGUACCUUUGAUCCAGAUGGCACCAGAGUUAGAAGACUGUUUCAAUUAGCCUUCGACACGGCCUUGGAAAUGGAGGAUGAUACCGCUGAGAGCUCAAGUGAUUCAGAGGAUGUGUCUUCAGUGGCAUCUUCGGGAGGAGAGCAUCGCAGCUUGGAUCAGAAGAGCACUUACAGGCGUUUGGAGGCUGAUAACAUGGAAGCAGACUUGUGCCUAAUCAACCACAACUCAAAGGUCAUCCAUUUGUUGGUGUGUGAGGACGAAAAAUUUUGGUGUGGCAGAAACCCGUCCUCAUCUUUCAAGAAGGCCGCCAAGGAAGACUUGUCGACACCAGAAGCUGUUGUGUGUGCGAGCUGUUCCCAUGCAUACCGAGCAGCACAGCGCGACUCACGAGCUGUGCUCAUUCAACUUCGUGAUGCAUUCCCGUUGGCUCAACAGCAACCGCUUCAAAGCUGGGAUCAGGUAGCCUUUCAGAAUCGUGCAGUGGAAUUGGGGAUCGAGCAGGCUGAAAUUGACGCUCUGGACGAUGCAGGGAUUCAUAGCUACGCAACUUAUGCAUACUGCAGCACUUAUCAGCCUGGACAGAAUGAUGACACAGCUUUGAUUACAUUUCUGACCACGACAUUGGGCAGUGCGCCUUCAGCUGCAGCCACAACACGUUUCAGGAGAUUGUUCUUUGAGGCACACGCCUUGUCCCUGGAAGAUUUGAAGUCAAGGGCUGACAGGUCGGAAUCCAGUGAGGAUGAAGCCUUGCACUCUAAGAUGGAUACAGCCUUGGCCCUGGACAACUCAGGCAGUCUGCGGCUCAGCAAAAAGCAACGUCUGGACGAUGUGAAUGUAACUGGUGAGCACAAAUUGCGGCAAGCCUUCUUGAGGAGAUCUUUAGCGUAUGACUUGUCAGGGAUUGCAACUUUCGCGGUACUUGACGUAUGGACCCAGAAGCUUUUUGAAAAGAUGAAUGAAACACCCCUGUCGAACUACAGGCAUAUCAGUGUUGAACAGGUGAUCAAUGCAGACAAGGCGCUUUGGGUCAAGGUAUCAAACGAUACACGUGGAAAACUGCAACCUAAGACGGGAACAGACAAACCCUUUGACGUGGCUUUUACAAGGUUUUCAGAACACCCGGAAGUCCUUCAGCACCUGACGCCUCUUUAG